CUGACGGCUGCUCGGUCCUUUUCCCCUCGGCCGGCUGGGAAGCGCACCGGAGAAGAUCCGCUUCUCGCCCGGGGCCAGCCAGAGCCGUGCGCCCUGCGCCCUGCGCCCCCAGCCAGCCAGCCAGCCAAGCAACCUCCCGUUGCACCAUGACGCUGAAAUCCGAGCGGAGCGGAGACAACAGCAGCAGCAGCAUGAGGACGGCGCUCUCGGACCUCUACCUGGAGCACCUGCUGCAGAGCAAGCCCAGGGUCGAGACGGUCUCUUGCCCAAUGAAUGCAAUAACCGAGGACAUUUACACCAACGGCUCAGCCAAGAACGGCAGCCUCGCUCAUGCCAAUGGCCAGGAGAUGCGGAAGAUACGUUUAAUCCAGUUUGAGAGACCAACGAGGAGCCCAUGGGUAUCACCCUGAAGCUCAACGAGAAGAAAAGCUGCAUGGUGGCCAGGAUCCUUCACGGGGGCAUGAUUCACAGGCAAGGUUUCCUUCAUGUGGGAGAUGAGAUCCUCGAGAUCAAUGGGAAGAGUGUGGCCAACCAUUCGGUAGACCAGUUGCAAAAGAUCUUGAAAGAAACCAAGGGGACCGUCACCCUAAAGAUUGUUCCCAACCAGCAGAAUCGUAUUCUGCCUCUCCAGAUGUUUGUCAGAGCUCAAUUUAACUACGACCCGCAGAAGGACAACCUCAUUCCUUGCAAAGAAGCUGGUUUGAAGUUCCAAACCGGAGAUGUAAUUGAGAUUAUCAAUAAAGAUGAUAGUAAUUGGUGGCAAGGCCGGAUAGAAGGUUCUUCCAAUGGCUCGGCGGGGCUUAUUCCAUCUCUGGAGCUCCAAGAAUGGCGUGUUGCCAGCACAACCCAAGAGAAUCAGUCCGAAGGCCAGAGCUGCACCCCUUUUGGAAAGAAGAAAAAGUGCAAAGACAAGUACUUGGCAAAGCACAGCUCAAUUUUUGACCAGCUUGAUGUAGUAUCUUACGAGGAGGUGGUCCAACUGCCAGCUUUUAAGCGGAAAACUCUGGUGCUUAUAGGGGCAAGUGGUGUUGGACGAAGCCACAUUAAGAACAUGCUGCUCAACAAAUACCCAGACAAGUUCGGAUAUCCUGUUCCAUAUACCACUCGGCCCCAAAAGAAGAAUGAAGAGGAUGGAAAGAACUAUCACUUUGUCUCCACAGAAGACAUGACAAAAGAUAUCUCUGCUAAUGAGUUCCUGGAAUUUGGAAGUUACCAGGGCUAUAUGUUUGGCACCAAAUUUGAAACUUUGCACAAGAUCCAUCAACAGGGCAAAAUUGCAAUCUUGGACAUUGAGCCUCAGACACUGAAAAUCAUCCACACUGCCGAGUUUUCUCCGUUCAUUGUGUUCGUUGUUCCUCCAAAGCAAGCUGAUCAGAUAGAAACCUUGCAACAGCUUCAGAAGGAUACAGAGGCCAUCCGGAGCAGAUACGCCCAUUACUUUGAUUUGGUGUUGGUGAACAACGGUGUGGAAGAGAGCCUUGAGCAACUGCAGGCAGCUUUCGAUCGGGCAUGCAGUUCCCCGCAGUGGGUGCCAGUUUCUUGGGUGUACUGAGCUGGCAGCACCACUUAGGCCCACCUCACUGCAGCAUGUCGAGGACAAUAAAAGGAUCAGCCUCUUCCCUGCUCUAUGCUUCUGCCCAAUACACAACCUUCUUGGAGCUACACCAUCGCCUGUUACUGCCAGGAUGAGAGUCCGGGUCCUUCCAGCUGUAAACAUCCUCAGACGAGCAUCUAUGAUGCGGCUUGCUCCUUCGUUGUUCUGUAUUCCCAUUUAUUUGCAGAUGUUAGCAGCAGGGGAUGGUCCAAGAAUAUCCUUCUUCCGCAAUCAAUAAGGUUUUAAACAGGGAUACCAAGAACAUGUUCUAGGUAAAAGCCAUAAUGCCGUAAAUGUUAAGAGCUGUGUUUUAACAACAACGCAUUUUCCUGGUUUUCGUUUUUUCCCACUUGUGACAAGAAGCGCAUUCCAAACCUCUGCAUGAAUGAGAUUUACUCCUUCACUCGUCUUUUUGGGGAAGGGCAGAGAACUCUGAACUAAUGUUGGAUGUCCUGUUCAACUAGGAGCGGUUUUGGAGUUUUUUUGCUUCCGUCACAAGCGUUUGUUCUACCACUGCACCCAUGCACAACACCAGGGAGGGUACGGCCCUCAAAUAACUACCUUUGUAACUAACAGGGAUAAGAAAAAGGGAGCACGGAUGGCCAGGUGUUAAAAUCCCAUGCUCUUGAGGAUGCCAAAAAAAAAAAAACACAAUUGAAACAAACGUGCAAUAGAAACAUUCGGUUGAAUCCAUUACAGGGAAAACUUUUAACAAGCAGCAAUAAAAUACGAUUCAAAAACGUGA